CUAAGCCCAGUCUUGCUACUUCUUCCCAGCAGCUUUUGCUCAGGAAGACGGAUGGAGAGGAAAGGGCAAGGCUAGUGGGCACUUGGCCAAGUGGCUGCUUCUGUUUCCCGGGCAGGAGAAGUAAGAAGCAGCCUAGAGUGAUGAGGUUGGGAGGGGAGAGAAACCAACUCCCUCCCCCCUCUCCCAGCACCCUGCAAAAGAAGGAAGCCAAUCUUGGGGAAGGAGGGAAUGGAGCAUCGCGCCCCCCUCCCGCUUCUUCCAUCACCAUCAGCGGAGGAGUGCCGAGACUGCAGAGGAAAAGAGCUUAGCUAUCCUCACCCCAGGAGAUCCCUGCACAGAACGGGGGAUUCCGCUGCCAGCUUCCAGGGGUGGAGAACCUGAAUAACUUGGUGGAGAAGUGGAGCUGCUGGAGCAGGGGUGCGCAGAGUUUUUCCCAGAGGAGGAGGAGCUGAGCAGAGGAGAGGAGAGUGGCCAGAGGACGGGUGCAUCAACUGGCUUGGGGAGCAAAGGCUGGCAGGAUUUGGCUCCCUGGAGAGAGGGAAAGAAAAACGCUUCUUGUGGAAGGACGCUUGCAGCAGGCCCCUCAAAGAAGACGCGGACCAUGCUGGCAGCCCAAGAAGCAGCAGCCCUCUAUCAGACCGAUUUUGUGCGCAAUGCCAGGGCAGUGGGUGCUCUCUGGGCUGGCUGUAGCCUCUGCUUUGGCAUCUUGGAGGUGGUGGUGCUCAUCCAGCCAGCGUGGGUGCAGACGGCCCCCCUCACCUACCAGCUGCCGGUUUCCGGGGCCCUCUCUGACCCCAGCGUGAGCGCCGUGGGCUCCUUUGGCCUCUACCAAGUCUGCACAGAGCAGGACGGGGUCCUCCAGUGUGAGGGGUCAUUGGUCACCCUAACCCCCAUCCCAUCUUUCAAAGCAGCUGCUGUCUUUGUCCUGAUGGCCCUGGUGUUGGUGAUGGGCAGCGUGGCCUCCCUGGGUCUUUUCUGGGUCUGCAGUGCAGGGACCGUCUACAAGGUGUGUGCCUGGCAGCAGCUUUCAGCAGCAACUUGUCAGGCCCUCGGCUGCCUGGUCUUCCCAGACGGCUGGGGAGCCCCAGAGGUGAGGGCUCUUUGUGGGCCCCAGGCCAGGAGCUACACCCUGGGUACCUGCUCGAUCCACUGGGCCUUUACUCUUGCCCUGCUGGGCAUUGCUGAUGCGCUGGUUCUGGCCACCCUCGCUUUUGUGCUGGGAAACAGGCAGGACGCUCUCUUGCCUGCAGGCUACACACCACCCCGAGAGGGAAGAGGUGUGACCUCAGCGCUGGCUCCAGAUUGAUUCCAACCAGCAGACAUUCUUCAGAGUCGAAUACACCAUGGUUUUGCUGUACCCACUGCAAUAAAUUUU